CUGGACGCGGAAGAGAGGAAAGGUCUUGGAAAAGGAGGUGCCAAACGUCAUCGUAAAGUGUUGCGUGAUAACAUUCAGGGAAUCACCAAGCCCGCCAUCCGUCGGUUAGCUCGUCGUGGAGGUGUGAAAUGUAUCUCCGGUUUGAUUUACGAAGAAACUCGUAGAGUUUUAAAAGUAUUUCUGGAGAACGUGAUCCGUGAUGCAGUCACUACACCGAACCACGCUGAGAGGAAGACCGUCACCGCUAUGGAUGUCGUCUAUGCCCUGAAACGUCAAGGACGUACCUUGUACAGUUUCGGAGGUUAAAUACUUACAAGCUUACACACAUUAUCAAUUAUUAAAAAGGCCCUUUAUAGGGCCAACAAUUCGGUCAUUUCUUUUUUUGACUUAUUGAAUAUUUCACGAUACAAC